GCCAGAACUCCAUUUCCCAGCGUGCCUCACGACGCCGCGGCCUCGCUCCGCAGAGAACUUCAGGAGCCGGGUUUCUGACCGACGGCCGCGGGAGCCAAGGCUGAGCGGAAGUAGCCGAUGCUGAGGGUGCAGCUGGUCGGGCGCCUGUUCCCCAUGGCCGGCCGCGUCUGUCUGUCCCGGAGCAGCGCCGGCUUGGGGACUGCCGGUCCCGUCGAGGCAGCCAUUCGCACGAAGUUAGAGCAGGCCCUGAACCCCGAGGUGCUGGAGCUGCGCAACGAGAGCGGCGGCCAUGCGGUCCCACCGGGCAGCGAGACGCAUUUCCGCGUGGCGGUGGUGAGCUCUCGCUUUGAGGGACUGAGCCUCUUGCAGCGCCACCGGCUGGUCCACGCCGCCCUGUCUGAGGAGCUGGCCGGGCCGGUCCACGCAUUGGCCAUUCAGGCACGGACCCCCGCCCAGUGGAAGGAGAACCCGCAACUGGACACAAGCCCCCCUUGCCUGGGUGGGAGCAAGAAAACUCGGGGAACCUCCUGAGCCCGCAGAGAGGGGAGACCAGCAUCCCGAUGAUUUGGAAAUAAACCACGGGCUUUCUUCCCUUCAAUACCGUCUGGUGCUUGUGAGGGAGGAGGCUCCUUGGGCCCCGUUCAGCCAGCACAUGCGUCUUCCCUGGAGAUAGCAGCUCAUUUCUGAUCAAAGCUUGUCUAAGGGCAGAGUGGAAUCACUCACCUGCCCUUGCCUUGGACUAUUUGGGAAAAGCUGCCUCUCGUUUUAUGUUAAAUUGGGACUAAGGAGACCUGAUGAGUUGGAAAUAGUCCUGUUUAUCAAAAGAUAAAUUAUCAUAGGAGACACA